UAAUUUGUUUAUCAGCUGUCAAAAUUCUUAUCUACUACAAGAGAAGUAACACUAAAUCAACAUUUCUACUGCGUGGAACAAUCCAAUUGCUAUAUCUGUUUUACAAGAAUAAUAUAUUCAUAAGUACUUAACAUCAUUAUAUCAUUCAAAUAAAAAUGAAGUUUUUCAUAAUAUUACUUACAUUAACUGUAAUAUCACUGAACGCUUUUGCCAAGGAAGAUUCGAAACCCACGAUAAAAAUUGGUAUCAAAAAGAGGGUGGAAAAUUGUGAAGUAAAAGCACGCAAGGGUGAUACUAUUCACGUUCAUUAUAGGGGUACGUUAAAAGAUGGUACUGAGUUCGACAGUAGUUAUGAUCGUAAUAAGGCGUUUUCUGUGAGACUUGGUGCCGGGCAAGUGAUAAAAGGAUGGGACCAAGGACUGUUAGGCAUGUGCGAAGGUGAAAAACGUCGUUUGGUCAUACCACCUGAAUUGGGUUACGGCAAAGCAGGAGCUGGUGACAAAAUACCGCCAGACUCAACUUUAGUAUUUGACGUUGAAUUAGAAAGGAUUGAUAGGCCAAAAGUAGAUCUUUAAAUUUACUAUUAGCUGAAUUUUAAUUUCCUCAAAUAAAUGUUUUUUUCCAAAUAAAAUCAGUUAUUAAGGUAGUAUGAACCAAAUGCGAAAUGUAUUUUCGUAAAAAACUUAAAAACUAUUUUAUGUAUUUAAAUAAAGAUUGAAAAGUUCAACACAUA